CGUAUAAUAGUUUUGCAAACUUUGGGAGCAAACGUAUACAUACACCAACAUCCGUAGCUCUGUACCCAUAAAUCUACUCUUUCUCUUAUGUAUUGUCAGGGCUGCGCCACCCGCCAUUGGUCGCUCCGCCUCUGCACGCAACGGCUGUUAAUAAAGAAAUCUACAUGAUUAGCUGGUUCCUGAUAUUCGUAAUUAUUGAGUUUCCGUAGGGGGACUCUUUAUGUAUUGCGUGUUGGGUUAGUCGCUCCUUUUUUAUUUUGUAUUUUUUGGGUUAGUGCUCUAUUUCACCUUUCAUAAUCACAGUGCAUCAACAAGAAGGGGAGGUCGCGCGAUCCGUCCAAGGGACAAAGGCAUCUACUCCAUCAACUACAACCCACCUUCAAUCAAGAAUUCCAUAAAGAUGUCGUUGUCGGACCAGCAUGUGUUCAAUUACAGCCUCAUCUUCUUCCUCGUCAUCACACCACCUACCAUCAUCGCCCUGCGCUACCUCACCGCCCCCUACGGCAAGCACCAGCGCCCUGGUUGGGGCCCCACCAUUCCGGCCCCUCUAGCCUGGUUCCUCAUGGAGAGCCCCACCCUCUGGCUCACCCUCCUCCUCUUCCCUUUUGGCAAGAACCACUCCAACCCGACUGCCCAAAUCCUCAUUCUCCCCUAUCUCAUCCACUACUUCCACCGCACCGUCAUCUACCCCUUGACGCUCUUCCUCAAGACCACCCGUAGCCAUCGCGGAAAAAACAAUCUUGAUUCUCGGGCUGGCCAGAAAGCCGCCGCAUUUCCCGUCAGCGUCGCCGCGAUGGCGUUUGCUUUCAAUCUUCUGAAUGCUUAUUUGCAGACGAGGUGGGUGUCUCAUUACGCCGACUACGAGGGGGACGGAUGGUUCUGGUGGCGGUUCGCCAGCGGCCUGGUGGUUUUCGUGGUGGGUAUGGCGGUGAACUUGAGAUCGGAUUAUGCGUUAUUGGGCCUCAAGAGCCGAGGCGGGGGCGGAUAUAAGAUACCCAGAGGAGGGUGUUUCGAGCUAGUGAGCUGCCCAAAUUAUUUUGGGGAGAUAUUGGAGUGGUUGGGCUGGGCUUUGAUGACUUGGUCCUGGGCGGGUUUCGUGUUUCUGUUGUAUACUUGUGCGAACUUGGUGCCCAGGGCUGCUUCAAAUCACAAGUGGUACCUGGACAAGUUUGGGGAAGAUUAUCCUAAACACAGAAAAGCUGUUAUUCCCUGCGUGUUUUGAUGUACAGCGUCUUCCCAAGCCGAAUUUGACUUUGUAAUACGAUCAGAACUGCAAGAUCCAGAUCCAGAUCCAGAUUUGUUCGCAUUAACCUUUCAAGCAAUGGGGUUUUGGUA